AUGGGAAAGUCCUCAAAAGAUAAACGCGACGCCUACUACCGACUCGCCAAAGAGCAGGGAUGGCGCGCUCGAAGUGCCUUUAAGCUUCUGCAAUUGGACGAGGAAUUCGACCUGUUCGCCGAUGUCACUCGAGUCGUCGACCUCUGCGCCGCACCCGGAAGUUGGUCACAAGUACUGUCCCGCGUAUUGAUCAAGGGCGAAAAGUUUGGAAGGGCUGCUUGGCAGGAUAAGGAAGCCAAGUUUCGACAGCAGAUGCUGGGAAUUCUACCCAAGGACAACGACGGCGAACAAACAACGGAAACAGAGCAGAUUCAGGAGGAGAAACAAGAGGCUCCAAAGCCUAGAGAAGAUGUCAAGAUUGUGUCGAUCGAUUUGCAACCUAUUUCACCACUUGCGGGUAUUACAACACUCCGAGCCGAUAUUACACAUCCUGCGACUGUUCCUCUGCUACUCUCAGCUCUUGAUCCUUCUUAUGAUCCCAAGACUGCUGGCACCCAGGCCUCGCACCCGGUUGAUCUUGUCCUGAGUGACGGAGCUCCUGACGUGACAGGUCUUCAUGACCUCGAUAUCUACGUCCAGUCUCAACUACUCUUCGCCGCCCUGAACCUGGCCCUCUGUGUCCUCAAGCCCGGCGGCAAGUUCGUCGCCAAGAUCUUCCGCGGAAGAAACGUCGAUGUUCUCUACGCUCAGCUUAAGAUCUUCUUUGAGAAGGUCAUCGUCGCCAAGCCCCGCAGCAGUCGCGCAAGCAGUGUGGAAGCUUUUAUCGUAUGCAUCAACUUCCAACCCCCCGCUGGUUUCCGCGCCAGUCUCGAGGAGCCUCUCGGCGUUGGUUCACGAUUGGAUGAGAUGCUCAAGAAGAAGGGCGAUGUCAACAUGCAGGAUUCGACGAUAAAGAAUGAGGGUGUCGUGGAAAUGGAGGUUUACGACGAGACAACGGAGGAUACGGAGAGAAGCACUCGCUGGGUUGCACCGUUCAUUGCCUGUGGAGAUCUAUCCGCCUUUGACUCCGAUGCAUCAUAUCAGCUCCCUGAGGACUACGUCUCUCUAGAUCCCGUCCAGCCUCCCAUUGCUCCUCCGUACAAACGCGCCAUUGAGACGCGAGCCGCCAUGUCCGGAUCACAGCGCUAA